AUGACUGACGCUGACUUCCAAGUAGUAUUUGAAGCGUGGCAAGCUGUCGAUCUACAGGGUGUUAAGAAGCUUGUAGAUGAUGAGGCAAAAGAGAUUGAAAGUUCGAAGUCUUCAAGUUUGGAUCAAAGAAAGCAGUUGAGUUUUAAGACGAAGGAGUUCAAGAAAUUGGACGAUGAGCGUAAAUUGACACAAUGGAGGUCGUUGUUGAAGGAGUAUCAAAACUACAUUGAUGAUUUGACCAAGGGAAAUAAUCGUGUUGUACAGACAUUCUUGGAAUUGCAUAAAGUAGUGGUGGAUUUGAAGGAUCCUACAAGUACUUUGAGCAAGGAGCAAGAGACGAAUACCGAAUUACAGAAAGCUGUGAAAAAACUUUCCACAGAACUGAGGCAUUCAGAACAACACUGGGCUUCCGAGAAGAAAGGAUUGGAAGAAAAAUUUAACGUACAGAUAAAGGAAACGGAAGAGAAAAGUCUUGAUCAGAUUAAGACAGCCCAAACUGAAAUAGUCCAAUUGAGGGAUGAGCUGAAGCAAAAAUCUUCAGAAAAUGAAGAGCUUCAAGUGGUGAUUGAAACCCUUGAUGCCAAGCUAAAAAAGAACAGCCAAGGACAAAAUAAUGAUGAUACAUACUCCAAUUAUGACAUGUUAAAUAGAGAUUUGGAGUCCAAUAAACUAAAGAUCCUUGAAUUGGAAAGGUUGAACAACUCUCUAAAGGAGGAAUUAGCAAAGAAAGAUGACAAAGCCUACCAGGAGAGGGUCACCGAACUCGAAAAGGAGAGUGUGGAGUAUCUCUCUAAGCUGGAAGAAGAAAGGUUGAAUAAACGGAACGCCAUUAAAAGUUUGAAGGACGAAUUAGAUCGAACUAAAGAAGCUUUGAACGAGAAAAUAGAAGAGUGCGCCCGUUUGAAUUCUAGUUUAGAGGAGAAAAAUGACUACGAGCAGAUUAAACAAGAUUUAAAAGUGCUUAAACUAAUCGAGUUAGGGGAAGGUGAAGAGGAAGAGUUGACUGGAACUCUUGAUAAUAUAUUACUGAACAAGAACAAAAAGCUAAGUAAUGAGUUGGUUAGCUACAGAUCGAAACAAGAGGACAUGGUUAAUUCAAUUCAGGAACUGGAAGAGAAGCUUGCGUUUUCUCAAAAGCAAGUAGAGCAGUUACAGCAGUUAAACCAGGAUUUGGAGAAGGAGACUAGUGUGGAAAAAUGGGAUGCAAUUUCAAUGAUUUCUGCCAGGCCGGACACUUCAAUACAGGACAAUUCGUUGAUUACAAUGGUAUCACAACAAAGAGAUCGAUUUAAGCAAAGGAACAAAGAUCUUGAAAAAGACGUUAGAUUACAAUUGAACAAAAUUUCUGAGCUUCAAAGAAAGGUCCAAUCACUUUCUUCAGACAAUAAUCAAUUAUACGAGAGAAUCAGGUUUUUGUCAUCCUAUGACAGUAAUAAGAAUCAGUCCAAGGAGAGCCAGUCGGAAGAGUACUACAAGAGAAGUUACGAAGACAAAUUGCAUCCGAUAGAACAAUUUAGGUUGGCAGAGUCCAAAAGGAUUAGCUCUAGGAUUUCUCCAAUGGAACGGAUAUUCAUUUCGCUUAUCCGAGCUAUUCUAUCGACCAAACUAUCCAGAUACUUGUUUUUAGCAUAUUGCAUCAGCCUGCACUUAAUUGUGAUGUCAAUGACGAUGUAUGUGAUGAAUAUCCAUAAUGAUCUUUCUCCAGAAAUUACCAUCAAUGAGGGUGCCAGUGUAGGAGGAGCAAAUGCUGGAGGUAUUCAUGGAGGCUUGGGUAACGUUUGA